CACUAGACCAGAACAGCCGCCACCCCCGCCGCCACCACGGCAAAAACACGCCCGACAUUCCGAGCGGGCGCAGUAGCAGCGCCCGUGUACGUCGGCAGCUCGGGCACGGCAGAGUUACUCUCGUUCGGCUCCGGCUCGUCGGGACAGUAGGCGCCACCGCAGCCGGGGGCGUCGCUAGCCGUAGGCUCGGGGGGGCAGUACGCGUCGCCCUCGCAGUGGAUGGGAUAUGUCUGCUCCGGCGGGGGGCAGUAUGCGCCGUGGCAGUGUUCCGGUUGCUCGGGCUCGCCGGUCGUGGGCGUGGACGUGGGCGAGGGCGAGGGCUCGCCGCAGUACCCGUCGUCACAGUACGUGGUGGGGACUAUCUCCGGUAUGCAGUCCUCGUUUUCGCCGCAGCCGGGGGGGGUAGUACGUGGGCGCUGGCGGGCAGUACUCGCCGGCGCAGUCGCCGUGGGUGGCCGAGGGGGGGUGCGGCGGGUUGCCGCAGUAGUCGUCGUGGUCGUCGUCCUCGCAGAUGUAGGUGUACGGCGGCUCGACCUGGGUCGGGUACGGCUCCGGGAUCGCGGUGACGGGGAUGGUGAGCGUCAGUGUGGUCACCUCGUAGCCACAGUGCUGGCACAGCGUGACAGUCGUGGUGAAGCCGGGCGGCAGGUAGGACGUCGCCGUCGAUGGCGGCUCGCAGCCGUAGGGGCCGCAGUACUCGGUCCACGAGUAGGUGCUCUCGCAGAGCCCGUAAUCGCAGAUGGCGGGGUAUUUCGUGGUGUAGCAGGUCGGCGAGGCGAUCGGCGGCGCGGUGGGCCCGGGUGCGUAGGUCACGUUCCCGGGGUAAUAGUAAUUCCCGCGUGGCUCGUAGCGCAGCGCCGUCGUCAACGAGGGAAGGGCAGCGAACAGGAGAGGGAACGUGAGGGAACGCAUAGUGAUGCACCGGUUAACGAGCGUCUUGAAUGAAAGUGAAAAAAUAAAAGAGCAACUAGAACUAGAUGUUGAGGGAAAAGGCGAGCUCGAUGGUAGCGGUGGCUAUAUCGGAGGAUGCUGAUGAGUAGGCGGAUGGAUGGGAGCUUUAUGGAGGAGGCGUGGGCAUCGUGUGUCACUCGAGGGGACCGAUAGUGCGACACGAUAAGCGUAGCUAUCUGCAUCAAUUCAUCGGAAGGUCUCGCGGCGACGUAAAGACGGGCCGCAAAUGAGGUUGUCCUGAUCCAGGCACGGCCACGACGGGCUCCCGCAGCAGCAACAAACGUGCGGGAGA